ACCACACCUAGAGCCCCUCCCACGCAUUGAUGAUGUGACUUUAUAAAGAAGCAUACCUUUGAAAGAAGAUGAAGCUGCUAAGGUUGUGUGUUGCUAGUCUAGUAUAUUUGCUGGUCCAAGGCUCUGCCACUCCACAGGCUAAACCCAACAUUGUUAUCCUCUUUGCCGAUGACGUUGGUUUUGGAGAUCUUUCAGUGUAUGGUCACCCGACGUCCAGCACUCCUAACCUAGACAAGAUGGCUUCCGAGGGCCUCCUCUUCACUCAGUUCUACUCCUCCAGUCCUGUGUGCAGCCCAUCCCGAGCUGCUCUCCUUACUGGUCGCUACCAGACACGCAAUGGGGUGUGGCCUGGAGUGUUCUUCAGUCCCAGUGUCGGAGGUUUGCCUCUAAACGAAACCACUAUUGCUGAAAGUUUGAAAGAUGUCGGGUACAAAACUGGUGUGUUUGGGAAGUGGCAUUUAGGUGUAGGAAAGGACAACGAAUACCUACCUACCAGACAGGGAUUUGAUACUUACAUGGGAAUUCCGUUUGCUCAUGAUAUGUGUCCAUGUCUUGUGUGCUUCUACCCCAAAGCACCAUGCUUUGACCAGUGCCAAACAGGCACCACUCCCUGUCCACUGUUCCACAAUGAGGAGAUAGUUCAACAGCCAGUAGACCUUACUGAGAUCACAGCUACGUUAGUAAAGGGAGCAGAAUCCUUCAUCAAUUCAGCAGUUGAUCAGAAGUCACCAUUCUUUCUGUACAUGUCCUUCCAGCACAACCAUCACCCUCAGUUUGCUGGCAAGAUGUUCACCAAUUCCAGUAUCAGAGGGCCGUACGGUGACUCCCUAAGUGAGAUGGACUGGGGGGUGGGGCAGAUAUUCCAGUUCCUCAAGAAUGCAGGAAUCGAUGACAACACUUUUGUUUUAUUCUCCUCUGAUAAUGGCCCCUCUUUUGUGAGGCAGAUCAGAGGUGGUAAUGGUGGUCUGCUGAGGUGUGGUAAGGGAACUACCUGGGAAGGAGGAAUGAGGGUGCCCGGUAUCGCUUGGUGGCCCAACAAGAUCAGAGUAGGACGAACAAUGGAGCUGGCUGGUACAGUGGAUGUGUUCCCCACUCUGAUGAGUCUGGCCGGAGGAAAGCUGCCCAAUGUCACCAUGGACGGUGUCGACAUGGCACCAAUCCUAUUCGGCAAUAAGAAGAGCGGCAGAAGUGUCUACAUUUACUAUCCUUCCAGCCCUGAUCCGAAGCUGGGAGUUUACGCUGUAAGGUGGAACCAGUACAAGGCUCACUACUAUUCUAAUGGUGGCCUAGCUCCAGAUUUCUACCCUGAUGAAGUAUGUCGUGGCAACUACUCCCUACACAAGUACAACCCACCUCUUCUUUAUAACCUGCACAAUGAUCCCGGGGAGAUUUAUGCACUCAACGUUAAAGACUACAGUAACGUUAUGAAGCAGAUUGAUGAUGCAAAGAGUGCAUUUGAGGCUGGCAUGGUGUGGGGGGAGAGUCAGAUGGGGCGAGGGCUCAAUCCUCAGUACGAGCCCUGUGCUAAGCCUGGCUGCACGCCCUUCCCAGAUUGCUGUACCACUGAUGGAGUUAGUGAAAUCUUGAGACCAGAUAUGAGCAUUGCCUUUGUUUAAACUUUUUAUCCGUGAGCUCUUUCAAUAUGCAUUAUUAGUUUUUGUUCUGUAAUAGUUAUGUCAUAUUAAACUGAUUUUGCUACAAAUAA